CCGUCCUCAGGAGGAGGGGGGACGGAGAGCAGAACCAGGGGUCAGACCGCAGCACCACCCAGACCAGGAAGAUACACUCCUCCUCGCCUCCGUCUUCAUCAUCAUCAUCAUCAGCCCCUACAACCACCCCUCCCAGCCCAGCCAACCCUCAGACUGCGCCAGCCAAACAGGUCCCUGUGAACCUGGGCUAUAAGAAGUCAGACACCCUAACGGAGAAACCAAGGCACCCUGACCCACCUGAUGCCCACAGCAAACUACCCUCACCUGCCCAAAUGGACCAGGCAACCCCCUCUUACCCCACAGCUUCAUCCCCCCAUUCCCUCCCUCCCUCAUCACCCCAUUUCCCCUUGGUAAAGGACCCUAGCGGUGAGGGAGGUAUGCUGAAUGGGGGAGUACCUACAGUCACCUGCCAUCCUACCAGACUCACAAAGGUCAAAGGUCGCAAACAGAACUGUUCUUCCUCAGCCGCCCCCACUAACGUGAACUCAACAACAAGACCUCCAGCCUCCAGCCCCCAUCAGGCUGACCUUGCAGCCCAGGACAGGACUACAGGCUUCAGCUGCCCUCAUACACCACCUCCAUUCACAACCCUACUUCCAGACCAGAGAGGAGCCCCAGUGGCUGAUGGGAGACUGAGUCCUGCUGCCUCCCUCACCAGCCUGAGCAGGGGACCAUUACUACCAUCCUCUGUGGGAAAUGAGAGAGGGAAGGAGGAGAAAGCCAAGAAGAAGAAAGAGAAAGAUGACAAAGCAAGGGGUGAGAAAGGGAAGGGUAAGAGAGGGGAGAAGGGGAGAGGGAAGGAGGACAGAGGGAGGAAUGAGAGUCCAAAGAUGGACAGAGAUGAGAGAGGGAAGGAGGGAACUGGGAUGGAUGAGAGCGGGAGGGAUAUGAUGGGGAAGGAGGAGAGAAAUGGGGAUGAGGACAAGGAAAGAGAGAAGCCCAGAGACUUGAGGAUGAAUAAAUCGCCCUCUUCUACAAAGUGUCAAAUGUCUGAGGUUCAGAGCAGGAAGACAGGUACACCCAGCCCAGACCUGACCAGCAGAACAGGGGAAUCAGAUGAUACUGGUGCCCCCUCAAGACCCACUGUCUCUCCCUCCAACCCAUCCACUGCCUCCUCUUCCCUCACUUCCCUCCCUCCUCCCUCUCUCUCUCUCCACUUUUCCUCUCCUCCUACCUCCCCCCGAGAGCAGGACAGCCGUCCGCUGAAGAAGCGUAAAACCCGACGGCCAAGCUGGACCAGGCUGGUGAACCGGGCACAGAGACUGGCAGAGAACCCAGAUGGCCGCCAAGAUGCCCCCUUAGUUGCCCCACAGACCCCCACUACCCCCCAGACACCCGCAACUACCAACUCACCCAACCUUCGGUCAGCUGAGUCAUGCCUAGCCCCCUUCGUUCCCCCACCCUCCAGUCCGUCCUCCCUCUCCCCCUCUACCUCUACCCCUGUGAGACCCAGACCAGCAGGACGACCCCCAUCCCCCACUCAGUCUCACCUGUUGACCUUUGACCCUAGCCCUUUACCUGGACCUGACCGUCCCUUCAAUCAGGCCAGAAAAAGGGGUCGCCCCAAAUCACAAACCUGGAGCUUGGACGAACCCCAACCCAGACACUCCCCUAAACCUACCCAAGCUGAGAUGCUCCCUCAUGGGCAUGAUGAGACUCCGGACCUCCAUGUGCUCAACCCAGUGCUGGAUCACAGUCCCACCCUCACCAAUCCCUCUAGCCCCAACCCCACGCCCAGGAAACGAGGUCGCCCCAAACGGGUGCCCCCUUCCCCCCUCCUCCCCAAACAGACUCCCCAGGACCAGAACAGGGGUACACUGACCCCCUCUGGAGGUGAGGAGGGGGGUAAAGACUUCCCCUCUGAAAAGGGGAACAGGAAGCUGAGGAUGAGGAGCAUCAUAGGAGAGAUGAAGAGGAGGAAGAAGAGGAGGCUACUCAGGGAAAUGCUUUCUGGGUGUGAAGGGGGGAAGGAGGGGAGAGGAAGAGAGGGAGGUAGAGAGAACUCUCGUGGGUGUGCGGGAGGGGUGUGUGGGUCGGCCACAGCACCCUCCCUGUCCUCCUCCUUUGGGGGUAAACUAGGUCCUCAGAUCAACGUGAGUAAGAGGGGGACCAUCUACAUGGGGAAGAGGAGAGGACGCAAACCCAAAGCUCCAGCUAACUCUAACCCUGCCUUUCAGUCCACACUGUUCACCAGUCUCUCUAGUUCCUCUCUCUUCUCCUCUCCCCAGCCCCAUCCUCCCCUCUCUCACCCAUUCCCCUCCCCAUCUCUCACCCACUCCAGUGGAGCCCAGAGCCCUUACAGUGAUGGAGGCUGCACAGAACCUGCUCCCUCCCUCUUCCUCCCCCACACCUUCUCCCUCCCCUCACCCUCCUCAUCCUGCGCAUCGCCACGUCCUCUCUCCUCCUCCUUCUCCUCCUGCUCAUCCCUCUCUCCCUCCCUAAAGAGGAGUUCUCCAGGUCAGGGACGACAUCCCCUCUUCCACCAUCCCUCCAGCAGACUCUCUUCUCCUCCUCUUCCUCACCCUCUUUACCCCCAUCUGCCUGUCUUCCCCACACACCUGAAAGAGGCCACAGCCUCACCUAUCAGUAAAUCACACAGCAAGGAGAUGUUGCCUAGUGAUAGUGUGAUUGGAAUGGACCACAACACUAUCUCAGAGAGGGGGGAGAGGAGGGGCCGAGGGAGAGGGGGUGUAACCAUGGGAAUGACCUCAGAUGUCACCCGGUCAGUGUUCCGGACAGGUUUAGGGGUCAACCUGAAGGGUCAGAGACAACCCUCACCCUCCAUGUUACUAGAACACCCCCCCCCUGUACCCUCACCCAUCAGAGUGUCAGCCUCACCCCCCUCUGCCUCCCCCAGACACACGCCUUCUUCUGACUUAGUGGAACCCAGAGACAGACACAGGCACAGGCGGAGGGGGUACGAAUGUCCCUAUACCUGCCCCCCCUGCCCCUGCCUAGGGCACAACCAGCGCUCCCACCUGGACCUCUGCCCCUGCCUAGGGCACAACACACACAAGAGACAGAAACACAAACACAAGAGGAAGUACCAGCACCUGCUCAUGCACGCGCACGACCCAGACUUCCUCUCUGAACUGGACGAUCUCAUUGGGCAGUUCAGCGAGGUCCGCAUCGGUCGCCACCGUGAUUGGGCCAGAGCUGGAUUGGGGCAGGAUCUCGAUGAGAGUGGGGGGAAAAGACGCCACUUUUCCUUAUUGUCAUCGCAGAAUUUCCGCUCGAACGUUUACAGAAUCAACUUGAGUGGAUACUACUCGCCUCACCCCCUGUCUCACCCCCUGUCUCACCCCUCCUUCUCCCCGCUCCACCCCCACCCCCCCCACGGUCUGCCUUAUGGCAGCAGAAAGCCAGAGCAGAGGUUGAGGUGUGGCUGUCCCACCAAGCCCUGUGAGUCCUUAGACCAGGGUGACUGUGGCCAGGGGCGGAGGUGUGGCUGUCCCACCAAGCCCUGUGAGUCCUUAGACCAGGGUGACUGUGGCCAGGGGCGGAGGUGUGGCUGUCCCACCAAGCCCUGUGAGUCCUUAGACCAGGAUGACUGUGGCCAGGGGCGGAGGUGUGGCUGUCCCACCAAGCCCUGUGAGUCCUUAGACCAGGGUGACUGUGGCCAGGGGCGGAGGUGUGCCUUACAGGGUAUCACAGGGCACCUCCACCCCUCCUCUCUCAGUACCCCCCUGGCCUCCUCCACCACCUCUUCCAUCACCCCCAUGCCUCUGGGUUUUGGCUACUACAGAGGCUAUCCUCUGACCAUGGCCCAUUACCCAAACCCCCACCCCUCCUUUCCCCUGCCUCCCCCUCAUCCCUACGCCCCCCACCACCCCCACCUCCACCCCCCUCACCUCCUCCUCAACCCAUCCAGGUUCCACAGGAGGAGGAGCAGGCAGCUGAGGGAGGCUGGGUUGGGUGGAGGUGAGGACGUGGGGGUUAUGGGUGAGGGAAAGAGGGCCGGGGUCCGUUCCUGUCCAGCAGGGUCCGUCCCUGGUCGGUCCUGUGUCUGUGGGGGGAGUGAACACAAGCUCAGACACAAACAUCGUCACAGACAGCGUGGUCGUGAUGGAAAGGAAGAAGAGGAUGAGAGAGUUGCCGGGUCACAGCUAAGGUCAGAGUUCACCACAGGAUCAGGAGGAAGUAGAAAGACUGGAGGACAAGGGAGUGCUGGGUUGAUGGAGUCUCCAUGUCAACAUAGGCAUGGCAAAUACCCCUCUUCUUUCUUCUCGGCUUCUGCUAAACCAGCCUCUUCAUCAUCAUCAUCAGAGAGGCUCAAACACACACCCCUCACCUGUCUAGGUUCCUCUCACCUUUCCUCAUUUGGAGAGGGCUGGGGGGUUCGGCAGAACCCCUGGCUGAGGAGAGGGGGGCUGGGGGCAGGAUUCAGACCCCUCGAUCCCACCUGGGGCACUAUGACAGAAGGGCAGAGGACGGCCGCUGUGGGGGAGUCAGAGAGAGAGGCGGGGGAGAGACACACACCCUGUCACAGCACCUUCACCCCCCCGACACACACCAACCUCUUCACCUCCUCUGCCACCAGUGGGAGGGGCAUGAGGAGCGGAAGAGACAAUUGGAGACCAGGGAAUCAAGACGGGUCACUGAGGAGUGAGGAGCCAUCACAGACAGAGAGGAGAGGCACAGACCCACACUAUGACCUGAGCAGAAGGCAACUGAAGUGGCUGAGAACCAGUCAACGUUUUGGGGCUAAGAGAGGGCCUGGACGACCCAGGAAGAACCUUCUAGCCUCCCCUUUGGUUUCCCCCUUCCUCUCUCCUACAAGCCAACCAAACCCUCCAACUGAGACGGACGACCAGAACAGAGACAGAAACAGAGGAAGAGGAGGAGGAGAUUCAGUACAAGAGGUGAUUGAAGCUGUGAUUCAGAGCCAGAGGAGGAGAAGACGGAAGAGGAGGCACAUUGAGAAAGAGGAGGUUGAGCAUCCAUCCUGUCUCCAAAGUUCUGGUGAAGGUGAAUUAGUCACCCACACCCCCUCCAUAUGCACAGGCCAAUCAGAGCUAACCCAAACUCCAUCCCUAACCCCGGCCAGCCAAUCAGAUAAGGGAGCUGACCAGCUGCCUAGGAAGAGGUUUCAGAGGGCGGGGCUCUACUCAGAUGACUACAAAACUACAGAUCCCUCCUCUCAGAACCAGCUGAACAGAGAGAGACUGGAAUAUACACCAGGACAACAAGAUUACAGCCUCCUGCCUGCUCCCAUACAUGUUGGGAAGUACCUAAGAAUGAGACGUAUUGACUUUCAGUUGCCCUUUGAUGUCAUGUGGCUCUUCAGGCACAACCAGCUCCACAAAGAGCCAGAUGUUCCUCAGACCAGAGAGAUCUCAUCCUACCAACCAAAAGAGAAGAGCCUGUCCAGUCACCAGACAGGGGUGUCCCUCCCUCCCUCUCCCCAGGAGGAGUGUUCCAGUCCCAGUAGGAAGAUGUUUCCCUACCUGGACAUGGAGCCUAUGACCACCAGUGACAGGGUGUUCGUCCUGAAGCACCGCGUGUUCCUUUUGAGGAACUGGGAGAGGGUCAGAGACAGACAGAUACGCCUGAGGAGGGGGAGAGAGGGGGAACGAGAGAAAGAUGGAGGAGGAGUUUCCAGCUAUGUAGCUACUGGAGACAACAACAGCCACAUCAUGUCAGGUCGACAAAUGGCGGUGAAGAAGAAUGUUGUGUGGACUAGUGAGCCCCUUCGUGAUCCCCAGUGCCCCCAUAACCCCCUCAGAACCACGCCCCAGCUCACUGAGAACAGACAAGAGGAGAAAAAACAGGUGGAGGAGGAAGAGGAGGGCUGGAGGGAGGUCCGGAAGGAGCGACUGAACAACAUACUCCUGAAGCUGCGGCAGACAUGAUUGGUGAGAGAGGACAAGGAAGGAAGGAGGAGGGGGGGGGGGGGAAUCUCAGCUCAGUAUCUCUUCUUCUUCCAAGUAGCUCAGUUCAGCUAACUUUGCACUAGUGUUGGGGGAAAACACUUCCCUAAAAUGAUUUGUUAUAAAGAUGAUUUUGGGCUUUGUUUCUGAGAGGAAUGAGGGUGUAGUUGUUUACUGUACCAUUGAGAAUGAUUGACAGACAGUCAGCUGACCAGUGACAGUCUGAUUUAAUAGUUAGAGAGGGCGGAAGGUAUGGAUGGAGACCAUAGAGUCUUAAGGCUGGAUUAAAUCGUAUUGUGGAAGAUCCGCAUUGUAGCUCGAUUUAAAUGUAAAGGAAAUAUUCCCUUGUUCUCGCAGACUACAUUCACGGUAAACGCUGCAUGUCGGCUCAAUCUGAAAUUACCAUGACAAUAUCAUUUUUUACAAUUUUACCUCAUUUUUUGUGAUAUCCAAUUGCAAUCCAAUUACAGUCUCAUUGCUGCAACUACCCAAUGGGCUCGGACAGGCGAAGAUCGAGUCAUGCGUCCUCCAAAGCGUGACCCAAGCUGCACUUCUUAGCACCUGCUUGCUUAACCCGGAAUGUGUCAGAGGAAACACCAGCCAACUGAUGACUGUCAGCUUGCAGGUGCCUGGCCUGCCACAAGGAGUCACUAGAGCACGAUGAGCCAUGUAAAGGCCCCCUUGGGCCAAACCUUCCACUAACCCGGACAACCCUGGGACAAUUGUGCACCGCCCUAUGGGACUCCCGGUCACAGCCAGUUGUGACACAGGGGAUCGAACCCCAGGCUGUAGUGACACCGCAACACUGCGAUGCAGUGCCAUAGACCGCUGCACCACUUGGGAGGCCUACCUCUACAUUUUUAUGCAGAUCUUCUGCGAUACUUCUGCAAUACACAGCCCCUAUGGUUUGAUUCAAUCCCUGUUGCUGAAGUACGGCGCUAUAGCGUGAUUCAAGUGUAAAGGUAAUUUCCAAUUGAGCCGACCUAUGCAGUUUUUCCGUGAAUUCAGUCUCCACUAACGCGGGAACAUUGCCUUUAAUGUUCCCUUCAGCUCUACGUAUUGAAUCGGGCCUUUAAUGUAAAAGUGCCAUGUUGUAAAUAAACUGACGCCUAAGUGAGUUCAAUCUCCAAAAGCAAUACGUCCUGUAAGGAUUUCAGUACAAUAACUUUAAUAUCACUACCAGUACCAGCUAGAGACCCUUCUAUGUAUCAAACCAAGUAGUUUUUAUUGCCUUAGUGAAUAUGAUCAUUUCAAGAUCGUUAUAUUGUACCAAUGAUAAUGCAGUAACAUUGACCUAAGUAAUGUAAUGAAUCAGUUGCAUAAUUGAUAGUUAUUAUCUAAGCGUUAAAGUUAAUAGUCAAAGGCCUUCAUUUUGCUACAAAGUGUUAAACAUAACUGACCCAUGUUAAAUAUUGCUAUGGUUGUAUAUGACUUUUCUUCGCCUGUAUACUUUUUCUGACUGAUGGAAUGUUAUUUUUUAUUUGGUCAGACAAUCAGGAAAAUGAAUUGAAUCUGAGAUUUGUAAUCGUUCAUUUGUACAGUUCUCUUUGGUGCAGUUUCUAGUUUGACUUGGAACACUAAGUUGAAUGUUUUAUAGUUGACCUGUGUAUUUGCCUCAUCAAUAUAGUGAAGGGUUAUUUAUGUAGUUUGCAUGAAAUGUAACUUUGGGCUGGAUUCAAUCCGUAUCGCGGAAGAUCACAUUAAAGUGUAGAGGUCAUUUCCGAUUAAGCCGACAUAUGCAGUGUUUGUCUUGAAUGCAGUCUCCACGAACGCGGGAACAUGGGCUUUCAAUUUAAAUGGAGCAUAAUAACGCAGAUCUCCCAUAAUACUUCUGCGAUGCGGUGAGAAUCCAGCCCUUUGUUGUACAAUUGAAAUUGCUGCUUAUAACCUGUCUUUGGAGAAAAUACCACAGAGUUCAUCUGACAGAAUGUAAUUUCAAACAUUGACCUUAUUAUCAAUAACAAUAAAAUGGCGUUUUUGUUUACAAA